AUGGAUGGUAUGGUAUGUGUAGGAGGAGCAUGCGGGUACGAGGAUUGUGACAAGAAAACAUACGGUCCACACACUACUGCGUUGAGUGAAGCACUGUUCAAGGGUGGGACGACAUGCGGAGCUUGCUACGAGAUCAAAUGUGGCAAAGGGAGCCAAUGGUGCAAACCAGGUCAGCCAACGGUGCAUGUUACCACCACGGACCUUUGCCCUGGCGGGGGCGAGGGGUGGUGCAAUGUGCCUAAGGAGCACUUUGAUAUGUCCCAACCCGCGUUCCUCAAGAUAGCGGAAUACAAGGGUGGUAUCGUCCCAGUCAAAUAUCGCAGAGUUGCAUGCAAGAGAGAAGGCGGCAUUCGGUUCAAAAUAACGGGGAAUCCAUAUUUCAACAUGGUCGGGAUAACAAACAUGGGUGGCGCGGGUGAUAUAACAAAGGUAGAGGUGAAAGUGGGAAUGCAAUGGACGGCAUUGAAACACGACUACGGCGACAGGUGGGAUACCAAUGCAGCCCUUGUUGGAAAGAAGCUAACCUUUAGAAUCACGACGAGCAACGGAAAAACUAUCAUCACAGAGCAAGCUGCCCCACGAAACUGGCAUUUUGGCCAGACUUUUCAAGGCAAUCGCCUCGUGACAUGA